AUGGACCAACUAGUAAUUUUGUUAUCAACUCCAUCGAAAUUUGAGUCCGUCACAUCAUUAGAGAUUCAUCAUCAUCAACAACAUCUCGAUAAGCCUCUGAACAAGCAGCCUCUGUCACAAAUACGGCUUCGUCUCCAACUCGAAGUGGGAGGCACGGUAUACAUCGAACAAUAUACUGUCAUGUACUUGUGGCAAACGAAGUCUCGCAUGUAA